GCACAGGAACUCAUAAAGCCUGCCCAUAAACUUGCAUUUAGAUCAUCCCAGCAGCUUUACUUAAAUUCGGUGCUCUUCUCCAGUGCUAUCUCUAUCUUACUUGGAGUGGCUGCCUUUGCAUAUGCACUUUUCUAUUACAGCUAUGUACCGCAAAUUGGGGUUCAGAGGAUCGUCCAUUUACAAUACGGUGAUGGGCCCCACCCAUACGGUCUAGUUCCACUAGACAAUCUAGUAUCGCGACAACCCUAUGAUGUAUCACUCACUCUAAGGUUGCCACACUCCCCGCCAAAUCUGAAAAUGGGUAACUUUAUGCUUACCCUUGCCUUACUGCCACCAAUGCAAAAACUCGCCUCAUACAGUGAGAAGCCAGGUAUAUUCGAGCAAAUCUCGCCUCUCGUUUCAUUUAAGGAUGAGAAUAUUAUAUUUGUCUCUCGACGCCCAGUACUUCUAACUUACAAGUCGCGACUGAUAUCUCUCGCAUCACGUUUCUUCGCCUUGCCACUGUAUACACUUGGUUUGCGCACUGAAUCAGAGAAUUUGCUUGUUCUGAUGGGUGAAAAUAUUUCAUUCUUGAGGGGCAAAAAACACAUACCAGGUUAUGCAUUGAUUGAGGUAGAGGCCGGACAAGAUAUUCAGAUUUACGAAGUUUUUAUCCAAUUUAAGGCCCAAUUUAGGGGCUUGCGGUGGUUAAUGUAUAAUCAUCGUAUUAUCAGUUUUUUAUUUUUCACCGGCCUAUUCUGGAUAGUGACAGUAUUCUUCACAGCAUUAGCAUGGGCCUCUCUCAGUAACAACUACUUGGAUUCUGAAGAUCUUGUACCUGAAAUUAAGGUGAAUUCGGAACCUAAUAUCAGUGCUUUAAACACCGAUGAGGCUAUAACCGAAGAUGAGCAAGAUUUCUCUGACACUCAAUCAUUUCAUAGACAUGGCGCAAAAAGUCACAAAGUUCAACCAAAGGUAAAGAAUGAAAUUGAUAAAGACUCUUUAGGUCCUAGCUCUUAUAUAAAGGCAGAAGAAAAUGAAGAGGACGAUGCGACGUUCAUUGGUGUCAAGGAGAGAGCCUAUACUGACUCUGGGAUCGGUACAAGCUUCAGUGAAAGCGGAGAGAAAGCGUACAAGAGGAGGAAGCCAAAAGUCAAGAAACCUAACGAUAACCAACUAAUACUUGAUAACAUGUAA